AUGAAAAUGGGGGUUGACUUUGUUCACAUUCUGUUGUUAUUAAUUGUUUUUCCUUUACUUUGUGUUAAUAGUGAGCAUUUUGUGUUGAUUCAUGGUGGAAGCCAUGGUGCAUGGUGUUGGUAUAAGGUUGCAACUAUGCUUAAAUCAGCUGGUCAUAAUGUUACAACUGUUGAAUUGGCUGCUUCUGGUAUCAAUCAAAUACAGGUUCAAGAGAUUCGUCAAAUUUCACAGUAUUAUGAACCUUUGAUGACAUUUAUGGAAUCUCUUCCUACAAAUGAAAAAGUGAUUCUAGUAGGUCACAGCCUUGGUGGAGUGUCUACAUCUGUAGCUAUGGAAAAAUUUCCAGACAAAAUUUCAGUUGCUGUUUUUGCUACUGCUUAUGUGCUUAGUCAAAAUCUCACAUACCCUACUAUUCAACAAGAGCAAGCUAGGAGGAACAUUUCUUCAUUGGACACACAAAGUUUCUUUUUUGAUGGACCCAACAAACCUGCUACUGCCAGAAUGGUUGGACCUAAAUUUAUGGCAUCAAGGAUGUAUCAGUUAUCACCACCUGAGGAUUUGACCCUUGCAUUGUCCUUGGUGAGACCUGUACCAAUUUAUAAAGAUGUUGAACUAUUGACAAAGGAAACAGCAGUUAGCAAUCACAAAAAUGGAAAGGUACCUAAAAUAUUUAUCAUCAGCAAAAGUGAUAAUUUAAUAACUGAAGAUCUACAAAAGUGGAUGAUUGAGAGAAGUGGUCCAUUUGCUGAGGUGAAAGUGAUUAAGGAUUCUGAUCACAUGGUUAUGUUCUCCAAACCAGAAAAGCUUGCUUCUAUCCUUCUAAAGAUUGCAAAUAAUACUAUUUAA